CGAACGCCAUCGCCCGUCGUCACAAAGUUUAGGAUGCUGUGCAGCCGGCACUGUAAACUGAUCGAAACGGUGGCGGUCCUUUGCCUCUGAGGGCGAACCAAAGCAGCACGCGCACACACACGUACGGCAGUGUAUGAAUUUACACAACGUUUAUUCCCAAAGCUGAUUGGAUGAGGCUAAACGGCUUGGUGGUUAUAUUUCUCGUCCACGCCGCUUGUCCUUUUGGCCACACUGCAGUCAACUGGUUGGACCGCUGUGGUGAACUUUGCUACGCCUUCACACCGGCACCGGAUUCCGUGGAUUCUGUGGUUCAUCCAACGUCUUGUUUGUUGUCCAAUUCCUGUUUACUCGAUGUCGUAAGUGUAAAUGGGAGCAUCGCACUCAAGGAAGGGAUUAUCGAAACAGGAGGUCAAAACGCUUGCCGCAAAAACGCACUUUACUGAGGCACAGAUACGGAAAUGGUACAAAGAGUUUAUCAAGGAUUGCCCAUCGGGUUUGCUAAAUCACGCAACCUUUUUAAACAUGUAUACACAAUUCUUUCCGGAUGGAAAGGCUCGGGCGUUUUAUGACCACCUGUUCAGGACUUUUGAUCAGGAUGCCAGUGGGAACAUCGAUUUCAGUGAAUUCUUAACGGCUAUCAGCAUUACACAAAGUGGAAGUCCAGAAGAGAAAUUAGAUUUGGCAUUUCAAUUGUACGAUAUAGACCGGAACGGAACAAUUGAGGAGUCUGAAAUGACGCAGAUAAUCACAGCGAUUCACUUGAUGGUUGGUGAAACCGAUCAGCACGGUGAAAACAGCCCGGCGGAACGAACAAAAGCCAUUUUCGCAAAGAUGGACACGAAUGCAGAUCGAUUGCUGACGAAAGAGGAAUUCAUCAAAGGUUGUUUAAAUGAUCAACAUCUCUAUCGGUUGUUGUCGCAAUCAAAUGACACAAAAAACAAGCUGUAACACCUGGUUGCCAGUGUCCUCCUUUGUGGAUAACUUAAAAUCUCGCGACCACCGAGAGGGAAAUAUAAGCGACCACUAUGUCUAGUGUGACAUCUGGAAUACAGAGUUGUUUCUUUCCGAGUUUCGUUUCCGUUUCUGAAUGCGUUUGUUCUUUGUUUUUUCCCAGUAUUUGACUGCUGCUGUAUCUAACAACAUUGUUUAUUUCAUAUGAAAUAGACCUAUCAUUGUCC